AUGCCUAGAGGCACAGACUUGCUCCAACGAUUAUGGUCUAAAAGCGAAAAUCCGGAUGAACAGCCACUUCCAGAUGAUUUAUCAUCCAUCGAAGCAUCCCAAAUCCUAGAGGCGCGAGUGGAAAAGCGCAAACGAGAGCUAGGCCCGGAGCACCCCGACACGCUCGUGGGAAUGAACAACUUAGCUUUCUCCUACUGGAAACAAGGGAGAUGGAAAGAGGCUGAAAAGCUCCAGUUACAUGUGAUAGAAAGUCGCAAGCGUGUUCUAGGACCGGAACAUCCUCAGACUCUAUCCACCAUGGCUAGUUUAGGCUUCGGCUACUGGAAUGAGGGACAGUGCAAGGAAGCGGAGGAGUUGCAAGUCUAUGUGUUGGAGAAACGGAAGCGUCUACUUGGACCAGAGCAUUCUGAGACUCUCGAGAUCAUGAACAACUUGGUUUGUACAUACCUCGACCAGGGUCGAUUCAGAGAAGCCGAAGAGCUACAGACUGAGGAGUUUGAACUGUCUUCCCGGGUGCAUGGCCGCGACCAUCCCGACACCCUCAUCAGCAUGGGUAAUCUGGCAUCUACCUAUACGAAGCAGGGGAAAUGGGCGGAAGCAGAGUCCUUACAAAAGAAGGUGAUCGAGCUCUAUUCUCAAAGCCUGGGAGGAAAGCAUCCUUCCACGUUGGAUAGUAUGGCCGAAUUGGCAUCCAUCUACCAGGAGCAGGAGCGAUGGAAGGAAGCACUGGAUCUGAACUUCCAGGUGAUGAAAGCUCGCAAAGAGGUACUGGGACCAGACCAUCCCGACACUCUGGGUGCUAUGUCCAGCCUGUCAUCUAUCUAUCGAGAGCAAGAACGAUGGGAAGAAGCCGAAAGGAUAGACGUCCAAGUGGCAGAGGCCAUUAUGGAAUUGUUUGGACCGGAACACCCAAAGACAUUAGUCUCUAUGUCUAACCUGGGAUCCACCUAUCAUGGCCAAAAGCGUUUCGAUGAAGCGGCAGCAGUACAGGAACAAGUCGUGCAUAUAAGCAUUGAGCUGCGAGGACCUAACCACCCCAGCACACUCACCGAUAUGGCCAACCUAGGAUGCACCUAUCGGGGCCAGGGACGAAUGGAGGAAGCAGAAUCGCUGGAGCAGGUGGUGAUGGAAGCCCGCCGGCAAGUGCUGGGGCCAGAACAUCCCGAUACUGUGACCAGCAUGAACAAUCUUGCUUUUACUUUCAAAGCAUCCGGCAAAAAUGAAGAGGCGUUGCUGCUCAUUGGUAAGUGUGUGGAGAUCUUGAACAAGUCUUUGGGCCCUGACCAUCCUCGUACCAUUCAUGCGGCUGCCGCCCUUACCGAAUGGCGCAAGACGCAUGCUUCUGGGUCCAUUUGA